CACACAUUGAAGAUAGCGGGAUCAAGUUGUGUGACCCCCCCUAAAAUUGGGCGUAAUAACUUAAUUUUUCGUACAAACAUCAAAGUUAAUUCAGUCAAAGUUUUAAAAGUGUUAAAAAUACCAGAAGCAUGUGGUUAAAAAUUGUUCUGAUUUGUGUUUUUGGGUGCACUAGUACCCUGACCAGUUCCUUCGAUUUGGGCGGCGUGAUAUCAGGCAACCGUAUGGCGGCUGUGCCACUAGGCAUGUCGCUUGGUAGCGGGGAGCUGGACGUGGAAGGCAUAUGCACGGAGCCCGGCUUCGCUUGCCAGAACUGUACGCACACUGUCACCUGCGUGGCCCUGCCUGUUGGCUAUCUAAAGGUCCCCCUUGAGGAGUGCACCAGCGGUCAGACUUGUAACGCACACCUCGGGCAGUGCACCGACGAACACGUGCCAGAGUGCCAAGAUGUCACUCAGAAGUACGAGCACAUCUGCGAACAGGUCGGAAUAUUCCCCGAUGCCCACGACUGCAGGAAAUUUCACCUUUGUUCACCGCCUGAAGGAUUACCAAUGGGAAGAGCGGCUGACCACAGAACUGCGUUAUGUCCAAAACAUUACGGCUAUAAUCCUCUGACAGCUCAAUGUUCGAUAAGACUUACAAAGGGCCAGUGCAAAACCAAACCAGUUCCAGGAUGCACACAAGUUGGUCAGAAUGGAGUUCUGCCUUCAAGUCCUAACCAUUACUAUGUUUGCCUAUUACGAAGAGGAAUCCUCAUUCCGCAAGUAUUUCUCUGUCCACAUGGCUGGAAAUUCCAUGAAGGUUUCUGUCGCUCCACAGAUAUAAUCACAGAAAAGACAAAUGAAGUUACCGAUCCGACUACUGAAAAAGAUACAGAAACAACGACAAACACGAAAAUAGAAGAAUCUACGACAGAGAGAACUACGAGUAGAAUAGAAAGUUUCUUUUCAACAGAUAAAGCUACCACAUUUGCCCCAGAUGCAUUUUUAGCUGAUAAAUUCGACUUGACCAAUUAUGAAUCGACAGACGAUAUGACGCCAAAGAUAAAUAGCAAUUAUGAUUAUGAUAAUUCCUUUGAGAAUUUUUGGAAUUAGUUAUUAAAUAUAUUUUAUUAAUGAUUUCAGUACAGUGAUGUUUUAUCCAUACGGUUGUUUUUAUUUAGCCUGGCAAGAACGAUAGGGAUUUCCUACUCGGAUGGGAGCCCCCGUCUGGACAAGUGACGUCCAUCUUGCAGAAGAUCACAAUAAAAUAACACUACCUUCUGAUGCUGGUGUAAUUCUGUACAUGAUACAAUAAUACAAUACAA